CAUAUCCGCCUGCGACGCGCCUGACGUUGAAGUUGAAAACUUCACGUUGCAGGAAGGAUUAGCAAACAAACAAGCUAGAUGAGAGCUCUAAAACGUUGUUUAUCAAUUGCCGUAGAAAAUUCCCGUCCUGAGAUAUUGACAAGAAUCUGGUUGGGAAUUUAAUUAGUUAGUUAAUUUCAUUGUUGUUUGCGAGCUUUAAUUACAAAGUAAAUAAUCUGGCUAAACUAGCUGGAGCAAGCAGGUCUAUAUUUAUAAAAGUACUGCCAAAUACGAUUUCAAUCAAUCUGUUCAGUCUUUAAUUUUCUUUUUAGACAGCAACCUACUGGGCUAAUAUUAGCUUAAUUUGGAUUAUGUUUUGUUAUUAAUAUUAUUAGCGGUUUAUAUGAAAUCAGGCUUGAUGCAUGGAGAAAUGUGAGUAUCUGAAGACAGGAGAUAUUUUUAUUUUUAGACUUCAUUAGUGCAGACAUGUCGAGCAGUCUAACGGCGGAACAGCAGAGGAAAAUCGAGGAGAACAGACAGAGAGCGUUGGCGAGAAGAGCUGAGAGACUUGCACAGGGAAACCAACAACCUGUACAAGCUGUGAGUGCAGCAUCCAAGCCAUGUCACCCCCAGUCACAUCCUGCAGCAGGAGCAGGUGCAAAGUACAAGCCGAGCUUUCCUCCAAAACCUGCAGCAAGCAGCUCAGCCCACAGUGCGAGACAGACCCAGCUCAUAGAUCCACUUCCCAUCCCUAAAAGGACAGAAUAUCAAACGCCAGCUCCGUCGACUAGUUUCGUACCCCCAAAGCCCAAAUCUGGCGCUGUUGUUUCCUCUGAACCAAAGCCAGCGUUCACAGUGGCUAAUUUCUUUGGGCCGAGUGUGAAGGCACCCACUCAGCCUUUAGACAAGAAUGCUCCCAAACCUCUGGACUCUGGCUCUGCCGUUUCUGUGAAAAGGCCUGCAGUGUGUGUGAGAGGGAAGUGUGUUCCUCAUUCCGAAGAGCGCUUCAGAGUAGAGGUCGGCUACAACGCAGAGCUCAUCACUGUGUUCAAAAACAUUCCCUCCAGGAACUAUGAUCCUGUCACAAAGAUGUGGAACUUCAGCCUCGAGGAUUAUAAGCAACUAAUGGAGGAGGUCGCAGGCCUGCCCUCAGUGUCUUUGAAGGCUCUGGAGGGGAUGGAAAGUUUGGAUUUAUCUGCCUCCAGCAUUCGCCCCAGAGACUCUGCAGCAUUGGCGGCCAUGAUGAAACUGUGCCAGGGUUGGCAGAAACCUGGGGCCACAGUCAAGGGCAGAUGCACACUUAUCUCCUGCUCUCGCCUGGAAGUGGACAUCACAUACCAUGCAGAUGUGAUAGGUAUCUUUAAACAGAUACCUUCAAAAAACUAUGUGGAGGCUCUGAACAAUAUCUCCGCUGUGGAGGUUGAACCGUUACCGCGUGCUGUGCUCCAGGCCUUUUCAUCCCAAUUUGAGAACAGCCAUUCCAGAGCUGCAGAAAUCCCUGAAGCCGAUCUCUCGGGCAUCGAUAUCACUCUCACACGCAGCCUCAUGCCCUUUCAGCGGCACGGUGUCAACUUUGCGGUGUCCAGAGAAGGCCGUCUGCUCCUGGCUGAUGAUAUGGGUUUGGGGAAGACGGUGCAGGCCAUCUGUAUUGCAGCCUACUACAGGAAAGAGUGGCCGCUGCUGAUAGUUACUCCAUCCUCCGUACGCUUCACCUGGGCUGAGGCACUCCGCCGCUGGUUGCCCUCAGUAGCAGAAGGCAGCAUUAAUGUGGUGGUGACCGGUAAAGACAGUCUUCGCUCUGGUCUCGUCAACAUCAUCAGCUACGACCUGCUUAGCAAGAUGGGAAAGCAGAAUUUAGCCAGUCCAUUCGGUGUGCUUAUUAUGGAUGAGUCCCACUUCCUGAAGAACAUUAAAACUGCUCGCUGUAAGGCUGCUCUUCCUCUACUAAAGGCAGCUAAAAGAGUGAUCCUGCUGUCAGGAACUCCUGCUAUGUCGCGUCCGGCUGAGCUCUACACACAGAUUCUGGCUGUGAGGCCGACACUCUUCCCUCGUUUCCAUGAUUUUGGAGUGAGAUAUUGUGAUGCUAAGCAGCUCCCCUGGGGUUGGGACUAUUCGGGCUCCUCUAAUUUGGCUGAAUUGAAGUUGUUGUUAGAGGAGUGUCUUAUGCUGAGGCGAUUAAAAUCCGACGUGCUCUCACAGCUUCCUGCCAAACAGCGCAAGGUCGUCACUGUGACUACCGACGGCAUAAACUCCCGUACCAAAGCUGCGCUCUCAGCUGCAGCCAAAGAACUCGCCAAAGGAUGCCACAAUAAGAAGCAAGAGAAGGAGGCUCUACUGGUUUUCUUUAACCACACAGCAGAGGCCAAGAUUAGAGCCAUCUUGGAGUACAUUUCAGACAUGCUGGAGUGUGGACGAGAGAAGUUUCUGGUGUUUGCGCAUCACAAACGGGUCCUGGACAGCAUAACCAAAGAGCUUACUGAUAAGAGAAUCAGUCAUAUCCGUAUCGAUGGGUCUACACCCUCAGCCGAGCGCCAGCAGCUGUGUGACAAGUUCCAGUUCUCUGAGCAGAGCAGUGUGGCUUUGCUGUCCAUCACAGCUGCCAAUAUGGGCCUCACACUGCAUUCUGCCGACCUCGUUGUGUUCGCAGAACUCUUCUGGAACCCAGGGAUAUUAAUUCAAGCAGAGGACAGAGUGCACCGUAUUGGUCAGACCAGGAGUGUGGACAUUCACUACCUGGUAGCCAAAGGCACAGCUGACGACUACCUCUGGCCAAUGAUCCAGGAGAAGAUGAAUGUUCUAGAAAAGGUUGGCUUGUCUGAGUCCAAUAUUUCAGACAAGGCAGAGUGUGCCAGCUUCCACAGCAAGGACCCCAAACAGCGAAGAAUCACGGAGAUGUUCCAGAGAUCAUUCUCAGAGGAGGAUAUGGAUGAAUCAGUGCUAUUAGAGGCUGUGAAUGACUGGGAGGACACUGAGCAGACGGACUCAGUCAGUCACCAGGAGAACCCUUUCUCAGAGAGCCCCAGCAAGAAAAGACGUAUAGAAGACUAUUUUGGAAGACAACCAACACUCUAAUGCCCGUUUGCCUAUUUUCAAAGUAGUAAACGUGCACCUUUUUGAUUAUCAUGAAUAUUUGAUUAUCCUUUGGUUUUUUUUGCCAAUUUGGUUUUAAAAAGAGAGGAGGAUUUAUUUCUAAGUAAUUAUUGUACAUAUGGUUGUAGGAAACAUGUUAAUUAAUAAAGCAUUUGUUUGAUUUUUACAAAAACACUAUAUAUCUACGAACACUAGGGAUUAAUAAUCUUUUUUACUGACUAUAUAAUCAACUGGAAAAGAGCUGCGUUCUUCAGAAAUGUUUAUUGCAUCUAAAUGAUCUGACAGUCUCGUAGGCCACAGCUUGGGGUUGCUUUCUACCUAUUAGAAGAAAGUCACACAAUUUUUAAAAAUGAUAAUGAUAAUAUCCUAUGACAUAAUACCACCGCAAAAUAUAAACUUCAUAGGGUCAUCAUUUGGUCACAUUUAUCUGAGCUGCCAGAGAGGUUCCAUCUACUUAUGCUAUGAUGAUACAUUAUAUGGCCAGAAGUUUAUGAACACUUGACCAAUCACACCAUUAUGUGCUUAUUGAACAUCGCAUUCCAGAUCUAGUCCCCCUUUUGCUGUUAUAAUAACCUCCACUCUUCUGGAAAAGCUUUCCACUAGCUUUUGGAGUGUGGCUGUUGGGAUUUGUGCUCAUUCAGCCACAAGAGCUUUAGUGAGGUCAGGCAAGGAGGCCUGGGGCACAUUAACAUUCCCAAAGGUGUUCAGUGGGGUUGAGGUCAGGGCUCUGUGCAGGACACUCGAGUUCUUCCACUCCAACCUUGGCACACCAUGUCUUCAUGGAGCUCUCUUUGUGCACAGGGGCAUUGUCAUGCUGGAACAGGUUUGGGCCUCUUAGUUCCAGUGAAUGGAAACUGUAAUGCUACAGCAAACAAAGUCGUUCGAUACAAUUGUCUGCUUCCAACUUUGUGGCAAAAGUUUGGAGAAGCACACAUAUGGGUGUGAUGGUAAACUUUUGGUCAUAUCAUGUAUGAUGAAGCACAAUGCUUGUCAUCUGUUCAGGACUCCUCCACUCUGUCUGAAGACUGGCCCUGAAGAUCCAAAGUGGGAGGCUGUUCUCCUAAAAUGAAGUGCAAAAUGUACAUUAAAAAUCAUUAGGAGUCAAUAUUAUUAUACCAAUAUUAAAAGGCUUAUAUGGUUUAAAUAAUACUUGUGUUGAUCUGUUAUUCCUGCACUUGGAUUAACGAAGUAACAUCUACAAUGUUGUUGAAUGCUCGAUUCUGACUGGUCUGAAGGACUUGAUUAAUUUUCUGUAACAGCAGGCUCUGACAGUAGAACUAGCUGUAAGGUUUAUAUUAAUGCACAUUGGCACUUCUAUAGUAACAGCAUGCACAGGA